AUGCUGGUGGCGCUUGUGGCGCUGGUGGCCGUGGCGGCGGGGGGGGACACGGGGGUCCCGCCGACCCCCCCGUGCCCGCUGGGUUUCGGGCCGGUGGCGGCGGGGGGCUGCGGGGACAGGGACGAAUGUCGCACGGCCGCCGUGUGCCACCACAUGUGCCUCAACCACCACGGCGGCUUCGCCUGUCACUGUCACCGCGGCUUCGUCCUGCAGCCCGACGGGGUCACCUGCCGCCGCCGCCGCCGGCCCCCGCCCGGGGGACACCGGCACCGGCCUCUCGGGGCACAGCAGGGACAGCCCGAGCGGAGCCGGGGAUGGAGAGCCCGGGACCGGCGGCGGGACGGGACGGGAGGAGGCGAAGGCUCGCAGCGGGAUUUGGCAGCGGAGCGGAACCGCGGCUCGCAGGAGGAUUCGGACCGGGAUCGGCACCGGGAUUCCCUGCGGGAUCCACAUCCAGGCUCGCACCGGGAGAGACACCGGGAUUUGCCCUCGGGAUGGCACCGGGAGCCGCGGCCGGGGCGGCACCGGGACUCACACGGGGAUUCGGACCGGGAUUGGGACCGGGAUUGGAACCGGGAUUCGGAGCAGGAUCCCCGCCAGGAUCUGGACCGGGAUUCGGACCAGGAUUGGAACCGGGAUUCGGAGCAGGAUCCCCGCCAGGAUCUGGACCGGGAUUCGGACCGGGAUUCCCAGGAUUUGCCCUUGGAGCGGCACCGGGGCUCGCACGGGGAUUGGGACCGGGAUCGGGACCGGGAUUGGGACCGGGAUUCCCGUCAGGAUUUCCAUGAGCAUUCCCAGCCCAGCCUUCAGCGGGAUUUGCACCGGGAUUUGCCCGAGGAUUCCCGGGAGGAUUUGCCCCCGGGAGGGCACCGGGAUUUGCACCGGGAUUUGCACCGGGAUUUGCGGCCAGAGCGGGGCUCACACGAGGAUUCCCACCGGGAAUGGCAGCAGGAUUUGCACCGGGACCGGGAUCCCGGCUGGCGCGGGGAUUCCCGGGAAGCUUCGCACCGGGAUUUGCACCGGGACUCGGACAGGGAUGGGGGCUUGGGAGCGCCCCGGCACCGGGAUUCGCACCGGGAUUCCCUCCGGGACCCCGCCCCCGCCGGUGACACCUCCCCCGUGCCCCCCUAUAGGGACGAGGACCCCGAUCCUUACGGGGACCCCUACGAGGACCCCGAGCCACAGCUCUGGGACCCCGACACCUACGGGGACCCCUAUGGGGGCCCGGCCCCCCCAUACAGGGCCGAGGACCCCCGGGAAGGGCCGUGGGACCCCGAAACGGAGCCCUGGGACCCCGACAUUUAUGGGGACCCCUAUGGGGACCCCUACGAGGAUGAGGAGCCUGAAGAGGAGCCCUGGGACCCCGACCCGCCCCCCUCGGACCCCUACAGGGACCCCGAGCCCGGGAGCCUCCGGAGGGGCCGGGACCCCCAAGCCCGGCCCUGGGAUCCCUAUGGGGACCCCCAGAGUGUGCCCGGGGACCCCCAAACCCGGCCCUGGGACCCCUAUGGGGACCCCUACAGUGAUGAGGACCCCCAGGAUGACCCCAGGGACCCCCAUGAGGUCCCCGAGGCCGAGCCCUGGGACCCCCCAAGGGACCCCAAUGGGCUCAGCCCCUCCCCCAGAGUCAAGGACCCCCCAGUUGGCCCUGUGACCCUCCCAGUGGCCCCAGUGACCCUCCCAGUGGCCCCCCCAGUGGCCCCAGUUGCCCCCAGGCCCCCUCCCAGUGGCGGCUCCCUGAGGCUCGGGCUGGUGUUCGCGCUGCCGGUGGCACUGGGUCGGGGAUCAAAAUGGCGGCGGGCGGGAAAGCGCGUGAGGGGAGCCCCGGGACCUGAGGGGGCAACGGCGACAUUUGGGCACAGAGCCGUGUCGGGAGUCGCGACAGACACACGAUACCCCUCAGCCGCUGAAUGCCGGGCCCUCAGCCCGCGGCGGGAGCGGGGAGAAGCCGGCGCCGUUUCCCGGAGCCUGAGCGGCCACUUCCGGUCCCUCCUGCCCGACGGGGGGUGGGUCCCGCGCGCCAAGAUGGCGCAGGCCCUGUCGGCCGAGGAGUUCCAAAGGAUGCAGGCGCAGCUGCUGGAGCUGCGCACCGAGAAUUACCGGCUGUCGGAUGAGCUGCGCAAGAACGGCGCCGAGCUGUCGGGGCUGCGGCAGAGGGUGCAGACGCUGGACAGGGACCUGGCCAAGGCAAACAAGGCCCUCAGUAAGAGCAAGAAGGCCCAGGAGGUGGAGGCGCUGCUGGGCGAGACCAGGAUGCUCCAGGGGAAGCUGCAGAGCCAAGAGGACGAUUUCCGCCUCCAGAACAGCACCUUGCUCCGGGAACUGGCCAAGCUCUGUGCCCAGAUCGAGGGGCGCGAGGAGGAGACCCGGCGGCUGCAGGAGGGGGGGGCAGGGGGAGCCCCCCGAGACCCCCCCGGGGCCCCCCAGGACCCCCCAGAUUCAGCCCAGCCCCCCCAGGAUGGAGCCCAGGGGGAUGAGGAGCCCCCCAAAGAGCUGGCUCAGCUGCAGGAGGAGGUGGCCAAGCUGACGGAGGAGCUGCGGGAACAGCGGGAAAGGUGA